AUGGGCAAAUUGAAGGAGGCUUUCCAGCAAAUUACGGCCGGAGGAUCAGCGGGUAGGUGAAGGUUAAUAUUGGUCGAUUUUGAUAUCGAAAGCUUGUUAUUUUUGCUCUUGAUGGGCUAAUUAUUGAAUUUCGAGGCCUUUUGUGGCUUGGGAACUUGAUUUUUUACAAAUUUUGUCGUUAAUUUAUGUUAUCCUUCAGGUCUGGUAGAAGUAUGUGUAAUGCACCCGUUGGAUGUGAUGAAAACCCGCUUACAACUUGGGAGUCAGUUCUACAAGGGACUGGGCGAUGUUUUCCGAAAGACCCUAACGGAAGAAGGCAUUCGCGGGUUUUAUAAAGGCAUUAUUCCACCGAUUAUUGCCGAAACCCCGAAAAGAGCGACGAAAUUCCUGACAUUCGAACAAUACAAGCACGCUUUCCAAAGCUUCCAUGGAAUACCGGAGUGGGGUGUAAGUGUUUGAAUAAUGUUCUGAGGGUAUUUUUUGUGGUUCCAGAAUAUUUUGACCUUAUUUUAGGUAACAAGUUGAAAAAUUUUAAAUUUUUUUGAAAUUUCUUGGUGAUUUUGAAUGUAGAAUUUUAGACACAAAUGAAAAUGAGAUUUGAACACUUUUGAGAGUUUUUUUUUUCGCAUUUUCUCGGAUAUUUUUUAUAUUAUUUUAGGUAUCAUCUUGAAAAUUUUUGCGAUUUCUCUCUAUUUUUGAAUGGAAAAUGUCAGAAAACCAAAGAAAAUAAGUUAAUUCUGCUGUUAGGUAAACGAACAAAAUUUAAUUUUGCUAUUUUGAAUUCAUUUUUACCUUAUUUUACUCAAAAUUUCGAAAAAAUCGUUGUUUUUAGCAAAUUUCCUUGGCUGGAGCGGCAGCUGGGUUAACCGAAGCCUGCGUAAAUACCCCAUUCGAAUUAGUAAAGGUCAGACUUCAAUCGGAUCGGUCAAAAACUAACGUAAGUUUACGAGUUGAUUUUUAUUUAGGCGUCAAAUUGCGGUUUUUAUAUUUUUGAUUUUUUCUCAAUUUUUGUAAAUUUUUUGCUUAUAAAUGCCUUUUCAGAUCAAAACAAGUCGUCAGGUGGCGAAGGAGGUCCUAAACACCCGAGGGAUUCGCGGGAUUUACACCGCUUUGGGCGCCACGAUGUACCGAAACGGCACCUGGAAUUGUAUCUACUUCGGUCUGUAUCAUAAUGUCAAACCGCUCUUGCCCACGGAUCCGGUCCAAAACUUGCUCUCUCGAAUGGGUGUCGGGUUUUGCGCGGGCACAAUUGCAUCAGUCGCCAAUAUUCCAUUCGACGUCGUGAAGAGUCGAAUCCAAGCCCAAGCCGAGGGAACCCAAUGGAAAUACAGAAAUACUUGGCAGGCAAUUGGGCUGGUCUACAAAGAAGAGGGUAUCGCCGCACUUUAUAGAGGAAUCGUCCCGAAAGUCAUGAGAUUAGGACCCGGCGGAGCGAUCAUGUUGAUAGUGUUUGAGACUGUCAACGAUUUCUUGAAGAAAAUCAUGGAUUAG